AUGAACCAUGAUGCCGCGUCUAGCUCCUCCGCGCGGAUUCCCGACCGGCUCUCACCACCUGGCAUCGGUGCAAAUGCCGAUGCCGAUGAAGCAGAGGCAGAUGCGGACGCUCGUGAUCGCCCCCAGUCGCGGCAGCGCUCGAGGUCCGGCAGCGGGCGACAGCGCAGGAGGAGGGGGAGCAGGAGGAGCAGGAGGAGGCAGAAUCCGGGGCUGGCCAAGAAGCUGGCCUUUCUUACCCACCUGCUCAAGACUCUCGACCUCGUCUUAUUUGCUGAGCUGAGCUCUUUGUACUAUAUGGAAUGUUCCAUGUUUCGAUUUUUCUUACGAGCCGCGCCCCAAUACAUGUAUCUCUCCCCAAAAGACGAAUCAUUCGCGCUUUUGAUGCCAGCUACCCAACUCCACGUCCUCUUGAUACUGGUGCCUAACCUGCUGUGCAUGGCUUUGCAUCUUUUUGGUUCGCUUCCUACCGGCCCCGAUUACCACCGAGGAUACCAGCACGGGGGGAUGGUUAUCGAUUUUAUCGGCCAAAUGCCGGCCACUUAUAGACUGUAUUAUUUAAUGGCAGACCUGCUUAUCCUUUUCCUGCAGUGUCUGAUGCUUACAAUACACAACCAUCGGGAGAGCCUGCGUGUUGCUCUCAAGACGUUUCGCCCGUUUCUCUCUGAGAUUUUUCUGGAGCCUGUCGCUGGUCGUUCUGCAGAAGACUUGGACGCGGAGGAGCGCGGGGUUUCUCGACACGUGCCGGGGAUGAUGAUCAAUGAGACGGACGAAAUCGAGCUGCAGCAGCUGGACAGACCGGGGGAUGGCGAGGGAUCUGAAGACCGGAACGACCAACCUGGAGCUGCGGGUGGAGAUGGCUCUGACGAGCCGCCAAGAACGCAUUUGUCCGACAUUAUGAGCUCCGGCAAUGCUGUUCUGAACGAAUAUCACAUCAUUCACACACUGAGGAACGCUACGAUGAACACUGGAGGUUCAACUGCGUUGUCUCUUCAGUCGAUUGGCUAUCGAGCAACCGUGGCGAGUAUGCAGGGUCGGCGCCGAGGCGCGACUCUACAGACUUCGUUGGCUCGUCCGACCGGCUAG